AAAUCUACGAUUCUAUCUCAACGGAAAAUUGAUAAGAAUCGCCUUUUUCAGCAAUUUCGAUCAUCCGAAUAUCGUGAAGUUGAUGGGUGUGUCACUGGAAAGUGAGCCAUACUAUCUAAUAAUUGAACUCAUGGAAGGCGGCGAUCUGUUGGGAUUUCUGCGCUCCAGCCGUCCAUCUGAUUGCUUGCCAUCGCAGUUGUCGCUCUGUGAACUGAUCGAUAUGAUGGUGGAUGUGGGACGUGGUGGAAGUUAUUUGGAGGCAAACCGGCAUGUGCAUCGUGAUCUGGCAGCCAGAAACUGCCUCAUCUCAUCAAGGAAUUCUCAUGCAAGAGUCACCAAGAUAGCUGAUUUUGGUCUCGCUCGUGACGUCUACACAAACGAUUACUAUCGCGUUCACGGUGAGGAUUUUCUACCGCUACGAUGGCUUGCACCCGAAUCGAUCACUGAUGGUGUUUUCACAUCAAAAAGUGACGUUUGGUCUUUUGGUGUUCUCUUGUGGGAGAUUCUCACGUUGGGACAACAACCAUAUAUCGGCAAACAAAACGUUCAGGUUUCUUCGUCUUUUAAUCAAAUUAUUUAUGACGUUAUAUCGUUCGUGAAAAGUGGCGGUCGACUCGAUAAACCGCCAUACUGUCCUGAUGAAAUCUCAAUUCCUUCACCAAGGAAAUCUGAACGAUUGUUUUCUAGCUUCCGAAUUGUCGAACGGGCAUGGAUUUACGAUUAUGAAGAACGUCCUCGAUUUGCUGAUGUUCUGCCUGAACUUGAAGCGCUUCGUGGUAAUCCGGCAUAUCAGGAUGAUACUCCGUUCCCUCCAUCGUGUCCUUCCCUGACCACAACUUCGAACUUCGAUGUUUCAACUGAUUCGAAUAUGAGCAUAACGGGAAGUGCAGAUCGCAGUGGCAGUGUGCGAUUCGACAAGAGCGGUAGAAUAGAAUCAAAUGGAGUGAUCGGAGUGAUCAAAUGGUUGAUCGGUUCGAAUUUCCUUCUGAAAUCGUCUGCGAACGAGUUUAUAUCUCCAGCUCCCAUUUCUUUUCAGCCAAGUCGUGAAGAAAUCGAAGCGAAAGCUGCAUCAUCAUGCUCAUCACGUACGGCGAAUAGUGUCGUUUCCAACGAAACGAUUUCCACAGGGCUGGAUAGCGAAUAUAUGCUUAGCGGUGCGGGAUGUGGGGGAAUCGAUAACGAAGGCUUUAUUUCAAGUGAUUAUUAUGGUUGGUUUUUCCGUGAGGCUCUACGUUUAGUCUCUCUCUCCCUUUCUCUCUCUGUGUUAAAUGAUUAUUCUAAUCCACUUAUUGCUGCUGGUGAUAUUCAGCUGAAAAAAGUUGACGAAGUUUAUGCAUUGAUCACAAAUUGUUAA